UGACAGGGCUGCGGAGCGAGGGGCCUGGGUAGCAGCGCAGUAGGUCCCGUCCCGGGUUCCUGCCCGCCCAGGCUGUGCCCGGCCGCGCUGGGAGCUGCGCCCCACAGCCCCCGAACCCCCACUGCUGCCGUCCUCGGCGGUGUAAGCCCCGAGCUGGAUUGUAAAGCCGGAGGGUCCUUCUAUAUCCCGGCCAGGAGGCACCUGGACCACUCAGUGUUGCUAGCUCUUCUGAUUUUCGGUGGGAGUCUUGCAAUAACUGGAGUUCAGGGUUCUUAAAGCCCCAGCUCCUGGAGUCCUGCGACUAGCACCAUGUCCCAAAAGCAGCGGGAUCUGCUGGAACUGGGGCGGCUUGAAUACUUACAAGCGCUGGUCACCGAGUUCCAGGUAACAGAGAGUCCAGAAGCCAAGGAGCAAGUAUUGGCUAAUCUAGCCAACUUCGCCUACGAUCCCAAGAACUAUGAAUAUCUCCGACAGCUUCAAGUCCUUGACCUGUUCCUGGAUAUGCUCACAGAGGACAAUGAGAUCCUUGUGGAGUUUGCAAUUGGUGGUCUUUGUAAUCUCUGUCUGGAUAAAACAAACAAGGACUAUAUUUUGGAGGCAGAUGGGGUGGCACCUGUAAUAAACUGCUUAUCCAGCUCAAAUGAGGAGACAGUGAUGUCGGCAGUCACUACUCUGAUGUACUUGACCACACCACAGUCUCGCCAACAGACCACAGCAUUCGCGGUGGUGGAGUGCAUGUUACGUUUCUCCCUCUCAGCUAACAGGAGGCUAAGCAACCUAGCAAGGGUCUUCCUUGAGGAUUAUUGCUCUCCUGCGCAGGUGGAGGAGGCCAGGAACCUGAGCAAACAUACAGCUGUAGGGAUCCCGCUCCCAAAGGACUGAUGUUAUGCAGGGCAGAUGGAGUAGUUUAAGAUUAUUAUUGCGUGAGAAGAAAUAUUCUUGACUCUAUCUUUAGAGCCCCCUCCACCUGCAGGAUAGGUCAAGAGGCUGGUGAAACUAGUGAAAGACAUUCCUAACAUUCUGCCUCAGUUUGAAAGGGGCAGAUGGGGAGCUGGGACAUGGGUCCAGAAGACAGGAUUAGCAGCUAAACUGCUACAAAACAAAUUAUGGCUGUUAGAGAGGAGGACAAGCGACUCCUGAACCAUCAUCCAAAUAACCAUUUCUGAUGUUACCAUUUCCAGAGUGGUUGUCAGGAAAUGUAAACCCAACACAAUUCUUUUGCAUCACCUUCACCCUAGCUGCAGCUGUUGCUGCCCAUUUUCUCAAUUAUAGCUUUGAAAUAUGUUUAAAUCAUAUGUUUUUUAUUUCUCAGUGGGAGAGAACGCACCUUCUUCCCCCUACAAUUUGCAGUCUGAUCACAUACCUCAGGACUAAGUAUGAGCCAGCAUCCUCAUACCACGGGCACCUGGCCAGUUAAUUAGCUCCACUGAUGUUAAAUAUCAAUAGGAAUAAUGUAUUCACCACAACAUAGCUGGUGGGAAAGAUGCAGAUUAAGAUUUAAAAGGGAAUACUAACAGCAGACUGCAGCUCAGAAGGAUAACCAGUCUUGUAGUAGCUUUUGUAAAACUUACUCUGAAUAAAACAUUAAGUGUAGACAGUU